CCCUCCGUGACAAGCGCUAAGGUUUGAAACGACCCGGACCAAUCACGUGCCGCGAUCGUUCCCGCGCCCAGCCGAUGUUGACCAAUGGCGUGUUGCUCUGCCAUCCUCGUCGAGAUAAAUACAACAUAAAUACGACUAGUAUUGGGUGUUAGUGAUGGAGUAUGGUGCACCGCCCCCCGACCGAAGAGGACGGCUCGGGGGAUACAGUUCAUCAAUGUCUCAUCACAAGAAUCCAGCUGGUUUUCCUGAUGACAGUAAUCCUGAUGGGCCCAUGGAUGAAGCCAUAUCAGAUCAACCUCUAGGUUACAACAACUUGAUGUUACCUUCCAGUAUCUCUGGGAGCUACAAUAGUAUUCCACAAAAUACAGAGUUACCUCAGUGUGUAAUGUCAUCAGAAGAACAGGAAACCCCACAGCAUGACUCAGGACAGGAGAGUGAUGCUUCAGACAUAGAGAAACCUGCUGGUCGGGAAUGGUCAGCAAGUGAGGAGGAUGUUGAAGGAACAGAUGAUGGUGAUGGUGAUGAUGAUGAUGACGAGGUGGAUGAUGACCUUGAUGAGGAUGAGGAAGAUGAGGAUAAUUGUGUUAUUUCAAAGGGUAAGGCUGAGUUGAUUCACAAUGAAGAACCUAUAGAAAAAGGUCUAACUGGAUGGCAACCAUCACACCAAAGAAAUGAAGAUCUAGACAUGUGGGGAAGUGAUAGUGAAAGUGCAGUUAAUGCUGAUCAAGGGUCAUCAGAGAGUGAAACAGAAUCCAAUGAGGAGGAUCCAUCAGUACCAGAGAGCCAGGAAGAAAUAAAAAAUGCAAAUUUAAUAUCGGAUGAGAAAUCUACUAAAAGUUUAUCUUCAGAAUCAGUCUUGUGUUUUGACGAAUAUGGUAAUCUUACCACAUAUCGUCCAGAAAUGGCUCCUUCUCCAUCUCUUUCACCUUCCCAACCACCUUCAUCUUUGUCUCCUCCCUCAAACCCACUGCCACCUGUACAGCACCCUGCACCAAAAUUAGAUUUUUACAAAAUAACCAAUCAGGAAUUUCUAGAUGCUGCAGAAACACUAGAGUCAGAAAUGAAUGAUUCACACAAAUCUCCCAGAAAGUGUGAGCAAAAGGAAUCCAUAAAUGGAUUGCAAAAUGAGGCUAAACCUGUUAAGAAUAGGCAGCCUAAAAUUGUAGAGACAAGUGAUAUGGGUGUUGUUUCAGAUCAAGAGUUGAAGCAAGCCUUUAAGGAAGAGUUUCUGACAGCAGCAACAAGUCGCUAUGGUAGAACAAGGAAGCGCAAAACUGAAGAUGGCUUUUUCUUCGGUACCAUAAAUUUCAAUGAGUUGAGGAAAAUAACUUCUACAACUAGUCCAAAAAAAUCUAAGAGCAUAACAGGAAGUGGUAAGACCACAAGUCCUGAGCAGAAAACAAAGCUUUGCAAAAGUGAAAGUAAAAGCAAAAGUAAGGUAGACGAAGUAAUGAAUGAUGUUAUUCAUAAUGGGAACUUAAAUUGUACAGAGUCUAGCCCAGACAAAGAUUUUCAGGUUGAUGUAAAUAUUUUCAGAAAUACACAGUUGUCAGCAGCCAAAGGUGAUAAUGAUAUAGUACAAAAUAAUUUAAGCAAAAGUGUGGUAUCUGGUGAGGCUGUUGGUUAUGUUAAUGUAGAUUUAAGAGGACCAUCUAAGGAAGAGAAAACCUCACCAAAAAGUGAGAACAAGACUCAUCAUAAAGGAAAAUCUAUUCAGAAAAAGGAAUUAAAAGCAGAUGUAUGGAUGGAUAAUCAAGGAAAAUUUGAUAAAGAGGAAGAAGAGCUGAAAGGUAGUCUGGAAGAUGAUGUUGAAAAGAUUAAACAAGCUGAAAAACAGAGGAGACUGAGCAUACCUAGACGUAGUGAACUCUCUCUUCUUAGAGAAAAUGAACCACCAAUUAAUUUUUCUUCGGAGAGAAUGUUACGAAGACGAUCUGACGUGUGGAAAAUUAAGAAUUCUUUGUUACCCAAGAAGAAAAACUCAAGAGUUCGAUCUGCCAAAAAUAUUGCCUGCCCAGAAAAAGAAUCAAAUGAAUCAUCAGUUUUGACAAAAUCUGUGCCAACAGAAUCUGCAAAAGAAGAUACAGUUGAUGUAGAUGCAAAAGUGGAAGUUUCAAAGGAAAAUUCAGAUAUUGCCCCAAUUAAUGACCCAAUUGAUGAUGUUAAUACAGCAAAACAAACUAAUGAACCUUCAAUAGUGCCUCCAGUUACUUCUGUGAGAAGGCUGAGGAGUAUGCAUGAUGCCACUGCAUCAGGUCUUUCUACUAGCAAGUCAGCAAAAUCUCCUGUGGUGUCAAAAAGUAAGGAUUGUGUUGUGGCACCUGUAAAUGCCCCAAGCACACCUAAGAGUGGUAAAACAACUGCAGUGGCAAGUACAUCUCCUCCCAAAAGUAGAAAGUCGCCUGAGUCUUCCAAAAAGUGUACAUCAUCUUCAUCCAAAGAGGAAGAGUCUGGGUCUGUGACCAAAUAUGGAAGAACUGUAAGGAAGCCACAGUUGAUGGAUGUUUCUGUGGAAGCCAAGAAACAGAAAAUUGAUCAAAUCAAGAACAAGGAAAUGCUGAGUUCAAGCAUUUUAGGAGAUCUCCCUGUUGGUGUGGACUACAGCAAUUUAGAAAAAGAGCAUCCAUGUGAACACAUGGUUGGUGACUUGGUGUGGGUACUUUUAAAAGGAAAUCCUUUAUGGCCGGCCAUGAUAUCUUAUCAGCCAGAUAAUGGAGAGUUCACCAAGUUACAUGUGAAACAAAGUUGGCAAGGAAAAUUGAGCUGCAUUCGUUUGUAUUUCGUCCAGUUCUUCAAUGAUAAUUCACAAACUUACUGGAUUGCUCCUAGUAGUGCAUUGCCAUUUGAGGGCUAUGCAAAGUUAAAGGAAUAUCUUCAUGAUCUGAAAUCUAAGUUUCGAACUUUGAAGAGCACUCAAAAAUCUCAUGCUGAAAGCAUGUUGAAAACACUUGGUCACAUAAAAAAGCUAGAUACUGCGCCAUCUGCACAGAAGAGAGAGCGGUGGAUGGUGGCCAUAGAAGAGGGGGAGCAAGCAUUGCAUAUGGAUAGAUAUGAAAGAUUACAGAAGUAUUCUCUGAAAAUGGAUGAUAAGGAACUGAAAGGUAAAGAAGAUUUGGAAGAUAAUACGAAUACGAAGCGUGCACCUCAUCGUAGAAGUAAAACAGAGCCUUCAAAACGCAAAAUAGGAAGACCUCGCAAAGUAGAAGCAAAAGAAAAACAUUUGUCAGGAUUGAAAACAAAUGAUGAUUUUUGUUCAACUGAUGGGGAAUUUUCAGGUUUUGAUGAUAAUUAUUCCUCAGAUGAAAAUCGCAAUGUAAGUAACUUAAUAAAUGACAUAAGUGGCCAUAAGCAGAGCUUUGCUCAGUAUGCUGCAAAACAUUUACAAAAGUUUAUAUUAGAAAACCCAAAUAUAAGUGAAACAGCUGCACGAACAAAGUUAAGGUGGCGAUGGAAAAAGCUUGCAAAAUCUCAGGCAGCAAAACGAAAAACCAAAGUAACUCUGAAAAGUGAAAAACAAAGGUCAGGCAAUCCUGUAAGUAGCUCAUUAAAGCGUAAGCAUCAGAGCAUAGAGAAAGAAUCAGCUUUAGACAGUGGUGAUGAUUUCGUUACGAAAAGAAAAAGAGUUGAAGAAUCCAAAGACUGUCAAAAGGGUGUCUAUAAGGUUGUACGGAAUGAAAAAGUGUGUUACCGCUGUGAAGGUUUAAGUACUGAAAACGGUGCAGACAUGAUUCGUUGCAAAGGUGUUUGUUAUGGAAUAUUUCAUCUUAAUUGUUUAGGUUUAAGUUCUUUUCCAAAAAGUGACUUCAAGUGUGUUGAGUGCCAAACAGGAAAUCAUCAGUGUUUCGUUUGUAAAGAAGAUACAGGUAUCAGACAAAGAUGUACUGUUACAUUUUGUGGAAAGUUUUACCAUGAAGAAUGUGUACAGAAAUGGCCACAAGUCUCCAAAAAUCGUCACCAAGAGAAGUUUGUGUGCCCUCGACAUGUUUGUCACAUGUGUGCUGCAAAUGCUGAUGACAUGAAUGAUGCUGUAGCAAGAAAUCCACAGUUCACCAGGUGUCUGAAAUGUCCUACUACCUAUCACACCGGAGAAGAAUGUAUAGCUGCAGGAUCUGAAGAGGUUUCCCAAAAUCACCACAUAUGCACAAAACAUCUAAAGUUGCCUAAAAAUAGUUUACAUCAUGUAAAUGUCAGUUGGUGUUUCUGCUGCUCAAAGGGGGGAUCUUUGCUGCUUUGUGAUCAAUGUCCAGCUGCCUUUCAUGCUGAGUGUAUGAAAAUCACUGCCCCUGAGGGUAGCUAUGUUUGUGAAGACUGUGAAAAUGGCAAGUUUCCAGUUUACGGAGAUGUUGUAUGGGUAAAACUUGGACUUUAUAGAUGGUGGCCAGGACAAGUAUUACAUCCAAGAUAUAUCCCAGAUAACAUUGAAAACUUACCCCAUCAGCAGGGUAUGUUUUGCGUUCACUUCUUUGGAUCGAAUGAUUAUUACUGGGUUACACGAGGAAGGGCUUUCCAUUACCAGGAAGGAGAUAAGGGUUCAAGGGCAGCUUCAAGCAAAACUUUAGAGAUGCAGUUUCAGAAAGCCAUUGCUGAAGCAUUAGAAGCAUAUCGAGAGCAAAGGAAGAGAAAAGCACAGCUUGAAGCUGUAAGAUCUGGGAAAGGAAAGUUGAAACCACCUCCAUAUGUACGAAUAGACUCCAACCGUCCUGUAGGUAAUGUUCGUCUCAACAAAUUGGACCUUGGAGCUGUAAAUCGAUGCGAGUGUGAUCCUUUCUCAGAAAACCCAUGUGGAUCAGAUGAGAAGUGCUUAAAUAGAAUGCUAAUGUUUGAAUGUGUUAGAGAAGUUUGCGGAGCUGGCGAUAGAUGUGGUAAUCAGCGGUUUCAGAAACGACAGUAUGCUAAUGUCCGAUCAUUUAGAACUGAUGAAAGAGGAUGGGGUUUAAAGACAUUGGAGGAUGUUAAGAAAGGGGAAUUUGUUAUUGAGUAUGUUGGAGAACUCAUAGAUGAUGAAGAAUUUCAUAAACGUAUUGAAGAGAUGCACAAAGUGAAAGAGGAAAAUUACUACUUCCUGACCAUAGACAAGGACAUUAUGAUUGAUGCUGGACCCAAGGGAAAUUUGGCCAGGUUUAUGAAUCAUUCUUGCGAGCCUAACUGUGAAACACAAAAGUGGACAGUUGGAGGAGACACCAGGGUGGGACUCUUUGCUCUUUGUGAUAUCUCCGCUGAAUCUGAACUCACCUUUAAUUAUAACUUACAGUGUGUUGGAACAGAAAAGAAAAAAUGCAACUGCGGUUCAGCUAAUUGUAGUGGAUUCAUUGGUGCUAAAGUACAAAAGAAUGACUCCAAUGGACCCAAAAGAGACAAAUUGGCAAAACGAAAACGCAAGAAGAAACGACGCGAAGUCAAAAUAUCUGAAGAUGAAUGUUACAGAUGUGGUGGUGCUGGUGACCUCAUUCUUUGUGAUGUAACUGACUGCCCUAAGAGUUACCACCUCCAGUGUUUGAGCCUUGAUAAGUUACCCAAAGGCAAAUGGAUUUGCCCUUGGCAUCAUUGUGAUGAAUGUGGUCAAAGAAGUAUACGUCCUAAUCGCUGUGACUACUGUCCUAAUUCAUUUUGCCGUAUUCAUGUGCCAGGAAAUUUACAGAAUGUACCUGGUGUUGGUAAUGUCUGUCAGGACCAUGAUACAGAAGACAUUGAGACACUUAGAGGUCAGUUUGAUGCAAAAGCAGCAACCGAGGUGAGCAUUUAUGAAGACCAAAGUUGUGUGGAUCAAGAACUAAAUGCCAAUCAUCAACCAAAUAACAUAUCUUGUGAGGCUGUACCUUCAAAUACCAAUGUUGACAAUUCUUCCAAGUGUAUAUAUGAAAACACUCUAGCAACACUAGUGUCUGAAUCAUCUCAGGAACAAGAGCUGGUUGGAGAGAAUAUAUCAAGGAAUACUUCAGUAAUUGUUCCAUUAAGAAUGAAAGAAAACAGAGGCCGACCAAAAAAAGUUGACAGGGUGAGUGAGGGAUAUGAAAAUAACUCUUCAGUUAUAAAUGUGAACAAUGAUAAUUCAUGCAUUUUACCAACGAAUUCCAAGGCUUGUAGUGCAAAAUCCAGUUUGACUUCUAAGAAUGGUAUUAGAAGUAGGAGAAGUGCUCCCGACACACUUGCAAAAGCUGUGAGUGCUGUUUGAAAUAAUUCGUUUUUAUAAGGUGAAAAUGACAGCUGACUGAAACUGGAAUUGGGGUAACAGUAAAUGCACACUGGUUUUUCGAUUAUCUCCCCCAAUAUGGUUUAACUUUAAUAUAGAUCUUUCAUGUCCAGUGAACGGAAAGAAAGUGGUUGAUGGUUCAACUUCACAGAAAUAAGACUAUUUUUUAUUAUAGCAGUUUGAAGUGAUCGUUGAAUUUCAUCUGCUUGGCUCACCCACCUUCUAUUGGAAAACCUACGGUUAUCUUCGCAAGUUCUUGUCCCCUCUUGUCUAUUGUUUACAUUGCCACAACAGUUUGUGCACUGCCUUAAUUGGAGUAGAAGUGUGAAUGUUUUUCAUAAUUUUGGUACAAAACUUUUCAUUGUGAACUGAAUGUUUCUUGAUGGAAUGGUCAUUUUUGUACAAGAUUUUAUUACAGCUUGAAUGGAAAAGUAUGCAGAAAGCAGUUGUCACAAUUUGACAUUAGGUCGAGUGUGACAGCAACUUAAAAUCACAUUUGUAUUUCACCUGCGUGUGAAUAUCAGUACAAACUUUGAGCUCUGUUGGUCAUGUUUUACUUUAGAAACUAGUCGAACAUCUGUAGUUAGCAGAUUAACUGUAUUUAUUCUUUUCCAUUACAGUGUGUGCUGUAUUGUAUUUUUAGUAUACAGUUCAUUUUAAUUUCACUAUUCAUAAGAGAUUUUUCCUGGGUUAUCAUGUUUAUAUUUAUCUUUUGAAUACAGUACUUGUAAAUGUUAUUUGUUAAAUCAGUUUUGUUUAGGCAUCACUUAUUUGUGUAAUAGUCAUUAAUUGGUGUCAGCUGUAACAAAUAUUGCGCGACUUGAACAUUAAUUACCAGAGGUUCUGUAUAAAUGGCAUGUUUAUAUUUUUUCUCUUUUAAGAGUAAUGAAAAUAUUUUAUGACUUUCUGUAGUUAGUAUGCUGUAUAAUGUCUUGUGUAAUAGAUUUCUAUGCAUUUUUAAGAGCUUUUUAUUGUUUCAGUUGUUUUCAUGCACCUCAUGAAAUCUUGAUUUUUUCUUCUUUUGUCUUUCUGUUCACAUUGCCUGUCAGAAUGUUUUUGGCAGAAUGUCUGUGAAGACAAUAAAAACUCCAUUAGAAAAGUUAA